CUCAAUUUCUCCAAAUCCCACCCAAAGAAGAGAAAAAGAAAGACACCCCCACUACUACUGGCUAGCCUAGCUAGAGAUAUGGCUGCUGAGGAAAGCAGUGCUACCUGGGAUCUUCACCCUGCCAACACUACUUCUUGGCUCCAUCAUCAUCAAAACCCUACCAACUCUGCUUCUAAUUGUGAUCAGGAUGACGUGUCAACAUCUACAAAUUCCUUGGCUAAUGCUUCCAACCAUUCAGGGUUAACUCUUGACUCAUCCGCCCGCGGCCGCCAUGUUGAUCGACCAGCUGUUGUUCCUCCUCCGUCCAGUGACUUGAUUGGAGAACAUGCUUCGGAUAACGAUCAUCUUUGGAGCCAUGUUUUAUCAAGCGUGCGAAGCAACGGAGACUUACGCAACGGUCCAGAUGUUGGAGAGACCCUGUUUGAGGUAAUAUCCUCCAAGAGCACCUCAGCUGGAAUCUUUGAAUCCUGUUGUGACUACUUGAAGAAAAUUGAUGGCAAUUGGGAAUUCCCAGAUUCUUCACUUUUUAACAAUUUUAUCAAAAAUUUAAAUGGAUACGACACGAGUACUGAUCAUGAUGAUCAUCAGAGUUCAAUCGAAAGUGAUCAAAGGUUAACCAAGUUGUCCAACUUGGUCAGCAACUGGUCCAUUGCUCCGCCAGACCCCCAAGCCAAUCCCCAAUUCAAUGCAAAAUCAUGUCAUGAUGAUCAUAUCUCUUUGACUUCUAAUCCAGUGGAAAACUACUCUCAGCGGCUGCCUGUGUUUUCUGGAAUGGCAACAACCAAAAACCCAGUUUUCGUAUCCUGUUACGGUGGUGGUAAUCAUCAUCAUGAUUUGAAAAUGGAGACUCUACGUCUUGAUAUGGAAGCUCCAACUUCCUAUUUUCGAAGGGCUUUCAAGGGUACUAAAAGCAAUGGGUAUCAACAUCAUCAUCAUAAUAGUCUUAUUAACAAUUCAAUAUCAACGGAAGCUGACAGCUUUUAUGGAUCAAUGUCUCAUAAUACUCCAUGCACAAGUACCAUAACUUACAGCCGAUUAAGCAAGCCUUUGGUUGAUCAUAUACAUCCAUCAAAGCCCACUUUUAGGCCAUUGAAUUUAUCAGAUUGCAAGAAACAAGGACUCCAAGCUGCAAAUUCUCUGCAGACGAGAAACAGCAAUGGAAGAACCCAAUGGAUUACAGACGAGGGAAAGAAGAAAAGAGAUGAAGAAACUUCUGACAGUAGUAGAGUGUCGAAAAAGCCUAAGCAUGAAAAUUCCACAGCUUCAUCUGCAAAGAUGCACGCCCCAAAAGUGAAGCUAGGAGACAGGAUCACAGCACUUCAACAAAUUGUGUCGCCAUUUGGAAAGACUGAUACGGCUUCUGUUCUACUAGAAGCAAUUGGAUACAUCAAUUUUCUACAACAGCAAGUGCAGUUAUUGAGUAAUCUUUACAUGAAGCCCAACUCUCAUAAGGAUCCAUGGGGAAGCUUGGAUAGAAAAGAUCAUCAGAAAGGAGAUAAGAAGGUUGCACUACGGAGCAGAGGUCUAUGUUUAGUUCCAAUUUCUUGUACCCCACAAGCCUACCAUGAAAGCACUGGUUCAGAUUACUGGACCCCGACUUAUAAAGGAUGCCUGCAUAGGUGAUCAACAAGCCUCAUGCUUUCACAUAUAUCAUAUUUUUAAAAACACAAUAACUUAAUUAGACAAUUGGAAUUGUCAGUCAGUGUUAAGUAUUUCUUCUAAAAUUGCAUCUUAUUCA